AUGGCGCCGAAGAGGUCAAAAUCGCAGGAGCCAUCCCGGCGUCAGCCCAGCCCUGCUCCACAACGCUCAAAGCUCGAAUCGAAAGGAGGCAAGCCGAGGCCGACCAAGUCUGUUCCAAAGUCGAAAGCUGCUCCAAAGGCUACCGCGAGGCCUGCAACAAACCCCAAGGGCAAGCUGGAAGAAAUCUUGGAAAAGGCGCGAUCCGAUACACAUAAGCGAGCUGCCGACGUCGAAGUGCGUCUCCGUGAGGCGUUGGUCCGAAAGGAGGCGCAGCUUGAACUGGCAAUGCAGAAGGCAGGGGACAUGGAACAGAAGGCCGUUCUCGAGCAGAGGAGAGCAGAGGAGGCGGUCAGAAGGGCAGCAUUUGCGGAGGGACAGGCCGAGGAACUCCGGCAGCGGGCCUCGCGAGUUGAGGAGCUACAGCUGGAAGUGGCGCACAAGGAGGCUCGAGCAGCAGAUGCAGAAGCCAGAGCAGAGGUGUUGGGUCAGAUGCAGGAGAAGUUUCAGCGCACUCUGCCUGACAUGGUCAAAUCCAUCGCGGAGGGCAUGGUACUCUGCCGCGGCCGGCGUGAUUCAGCUCUGUGCGACUCUGCUGGCAUAUCCGGCUUCCGUGGGGUGGCGGCAAAACUCGAGCUGGAGGACUCUCCAGGCUCUCUGAAAUCAAACCCUGCCACAAUCCCUCUUCUGGAUGCGGAGGACGGCAAGGACAGUGAUGGUAAGUCGAAGACGACGGGUCUGGCUCCGGAUGAUGCUGCAUCCGAACUGCUUAAGUUCUAUGGACAGAACGACGGCGCACGUCCUGCGCCAAGAUUUGGCCCAGUGAAGGAUGAUCGUGCUAUGGAUGCAGAUUCUGCGCCCCAGAGAAGAUUCACCGCAGCAAUCACCGAGUACGAGGACGUAGGAGGGCACGUGGAGUAUUGCUUGAAAGUGGAACAUUGCAGUGGAAUUUCUUGGACGACCUGGCGGCGAUUUUCCGACUUCCAUCACGCGCAUGAGGAGCUGUGCUCUCUUGUGGAUGCUAGAGACCUGCCUCCCGGUCCUGAGAGAUCUUGGCUUCCGGCCUUUACACAGUCGCUUUCGGUGGAGUUCUGUGAGCAGAGGGAGCAGGAACUGAGCAGAUAUCUGCAGCGGCUCUUGGGCCACAGCGCUGCGGCUCCGGCACCGCUGCGGAGUUUGUUGGGGUUGAGGCGCCCGGACACUCCCGGGAGCCUGCGGGUGGUGCCCAAGGCGGGGGUGUUGGAGUUGGAGGUGAAACCCCCGGAGGCGCAGACUUUCCCUGACGACUGUCAGAGAUCCUCGAAAGUUUCGGAGCUCGGGGGUCCAGUGGAUGGCUACUACAUCGAGGUGGUGAACCUCGACUCUGGCGGCAAACACCGCUUGGCGCGAGACGUUGGGGCUUCAGGCACUCUGCCUCAGAAAGCACAGGUGGGCCAUCUGGACAGUGGAAGGCACCUUUUUGUCGUGGCCGCUUACAACGGCGCCGGCUGCUCUGGCCAAGUUUCAAUAACUGUUGAUCCUGCCCUUGCGUUUGCAAGUGCGGAGCGGGCGGCGCCUCCUUUCAGAAGCGGAGCGGGCAUGGGCCAAGCCGAGCCCGAGCCACGGCAUCCUGCCGCCCUCCCUGCCCAGAAUGCCUCGCGCCACGGAGGCUACGUCAGGCACGUGGGUUCUCAGCCCCCUCUCCCUAGAGAAACGUGCCUCCCCCCUGCCCCGACUCCACUUGGGCCCUCCGCGGGGCCCUCUGGCCGACCAAUUCCGGGCCCGCUGCCGGCCAGCCGGAUCCUGACAGAGACUCGUGGGAAAGUUGGUGUGCGAGCCACGGCAGAUGUACACAGGAAGAGUCCCGGGCCUGAAGAGGACGAGGAUUUGAUGUGCGUGGUUUGCCUGGCCUCGCCGAAAACCCACGCUUUCGUCCCCUGCGGUCACCGUGCCAUUGCCGGCAGUUGGAUGUCUGCUAGCGUAAGGCGUUCGUGUUUGGUAAGGAGUCUUGCAUCGAGCACGUUAAUCGAGAGCUGUGCUGUUCAGAAGUUCAGAUAG